UCGCCUAGUUAUUCUUCCUUUGUUCAUUCGAAGCACCAACUUUCUACUACAAGAACCCCUGAUAGUUAUCGACCCGUCUUCCUCGAUCAACUCCACCACCUCAUCAUGCCUUCAUCCCUGAUCUAUUCGAACCACGACCCGUCGCCCUCGGUCACCUGCCCCAUCUGCCUCGACCCUGUCACCGCAGAGGCGGUGCGCCUCAGCUGCCACCUGCAGUUACAUUGCUCAGAGUGUAUCGGCUACUGGCUUGGCAGCCUGGUCGCCGCCGCAAAGAGAGUCACUUGUCCAAAGUGUCGAGAGGCCGUUACCGUGGAGAACUUGAGAGCCCCCGAGCAGAACGUUGAAUGGCAGGAUCCUGACGGCGAUGAGUAUGAUUAUGACUAUGAUGACUAUGAUGACUAUGACGAUACAGAGGUGGAAGAGGAGAAUCGGGAUUCUGAGGAAGAUCAAGAUGAAGACGGAUAUCAGUCUAGUGAUAUCGAAGACGGCCUCAACUAUUACGGGGCAGACCAAGACGAGAAUGAAGAUCUGAUUUCUGGGGAGAUGGGAGAGGACAUCGAUGCUUACGAAGAAGAUGAAGGUGGGAUUUUCGAACGAGAUCCGGACGAAGACGAAGACCAGAUGUCUGACGAGAUGAAAGGUACUGAGAGUGAGGAGCCCAAGGAGGGUCUGCAGGUUACCGUUAGAGAGGAACCGCCCAACAAGAAAAGGAGCAUAUCCCCACCCAUAGGGGUUUCAAUACCUAGACAGAAUUCUCAAACAAUGAAAGAUGGGGCCCAAUAACUACUAUACUCAAACUCGCUUUGCGUAUUGGGACUUGUUUUAGCAACCCCACUCUGGGGUAUCAAUUGUACUGUACUUUAGCGGUUUAUUGCAGAGCGAUCUGUCUGGACGCUUGAGAUGACCAAAUUUGAAUGCAGAAGGAUCCGGGCAUUGCGGAAGCAUCUAAGCAGUACGGAAGGAUGUGAGAUAGGGGUAACGAACUAAGAUUCACCCACCGCUUUAUU